AUGGAGAAGAAAAAGAAGUUGAGGCAGGAAGAGAGCCCAGCUGGGCCUCCCAACUCCAGCCGACCCAGCCCGGUGCCUCAAACGGCCACCUGCUCUGUUUCCCUCUGUCUCCCUCGCUUCAGACACAGAGCGCUCGCGCCGUCGCGCCGUGAGCUCACGGACGUCGAGGCCAGCACGUCCCACGCCCCUAGAAAGCCCCGCAGCGAUCCCUAUGGUUUUCCUCCGUCCUCCUCGCGCCGCCAUCUCUCUCUUCCUCCCCUGCUUCCUCUGCUUCGCGGACAGCAAGUCCACCGGAGAUCUUCGCCGCCCAAAUUCCGCCCGCAGCCAGCCAGCCACACCCUCCUCCCGUGGGCCUCCGCCUCGUCUGCCUUCCCUGCAUCACACUCCGUCGCCGCUCCUCCUCCCCACCCCAGCGCCAGCAGCAAAAGCGCCCGAGCGCUCCUCCUCCUCGUGACCCGCAGCUCCAGCGAACCUCGCCGCCGGCGACCAUCUCCCGCAGGCCCGUACCGCUUCCUCCCUCCCUGCACCCCUUCUCUUCCUUCCCUUUUCUCUAAGCGCCAUCGAUUCCUCAUGUUAUCUUCGCACAGGAGCUCCAACCCGGGCCAUGGACACUCGUGCUUCCCCGUCGACCCUGCCGACUUGAACCCCGUCGAAUCAGGUGCCUCGUCGUCCGCGCUGACGACCAAGCCGCCGCCCCGUUCCCGCUGCCCGCUCCUCGCCAAGUCCCCUGCUUCGCCUGCUCGUUCGAAGCCGAACACGCUCGACGGCCUCUCUCGGGCCGCCGUGCCUCCUCUUCAUCGAACCAGGAGGUUUGCAUCAUGCCCUGCUGCCUCCGCCCCUCUUCCUUCCCUUCCAACUCUGGUUCUUCCCCCUCUCCCUCACCCCGCCUUCUCUUUCUCGCAGGUGGAGACCAUGGCCGCCGCCGCCGUUCUGACUACCCCGCAGGAGCUCCCUGCCGCCGGAUCGGGUCGCCUCCGCCCGGUUCCCCUUGCGCCACGUCCGCCGCCAGCCACCGCUGUUGCCUCUGCUUCGCACCCCGUGCUGCGGCCGUCGCGCCUUGCUUCGUCUGAAGCCACAACACCAAGUCCCGUUCCGGCCGGUCCCCGCCGAGGCCACCUCGCCGGAGCCCCAGCGUCGUCGUGUCGACCUCGCCCCUGCCUUUUGCCUCGCCUCUGCUUCGAGCGACAGAACACCGCCCCCCUGCGUUGA